CUUGCAAAGACCAAAUGACCAAACCCCUUAACCCCGCGCAACAGCUGAGACCUGAAUCGGACACUUGCUUGAGGAAAUUCCCACCCUUUCAUUUGCGGGCCGCCUUUGCUCACGGCUCUUGCUCGUUUUGAUCCUCUUCGAGCCGGCGGGUGCCUUCUUCUAAUGAUUUUUCUGUUCUUCUGACCUGAAUACGAUAUUGCAACCAUCCCGCAGUGUACAUCUUCAAUUUUUGCCUGUCAAGUGUCUUCCUUGGGUUCGAACAUGGGGAAGAACAAAGUGAAGGAAAGUGGUGGGAAAGAGCACUGCCCCUCGACUGUGUUUGUCUCGAACUUGCCCUACUCAUUCACCAAUUCUCAGCUGGAGGAGGCGUUUAGCGAAGUUGGACCAAUCAGGCGCUGCUUCAUGGUCAUGCAGAAGGGGUCAUCCCAUCAUCGAGGUUUUGGUUAUGUUCAAUUUGCUGUUGAGGAAGAUGCUAUCCGUGCAAUUGAGUUGAAGAAUGGUUCAUCUGUUGGAGGUCGGAAAAUUGCAGUGAAGCAUGCUAUGCCUCGUCCUCCCCGUGAAGCGAGACAGUCAAAGUCAAAUCAAGGGGAGAAUGCUGAUGAAAUCCCAGAGUCAAAAAAUGAUGACAAUGAUGGUGGCUUGUCUGGAGUGAAGAAGCCUUCUUCAGUUACCAAGGAAAAAGUUGCAAAUAAUGAAAACCAUUCAAGGAAGCCUAAUGAAGUGAAAAAAGCAGUUCUUUGUAGUGACAUAGCAGAUGAGGGGGGUUGUUCUGAAAAGCAAAGGGUUGCUAGAACUGUCAUAUUUGGCGGUCUUAUCAAUUUGGAUAUGGCUGAAGUUGUUCAUAGCCGAGCAAGGGAGAUUGGCAGUGUGUGUUCUGUAAAGUACCCCCUUCCUAGGGAAGAAUUCGAGCAGCAUGGUCUCUUGCAAGAUGGAUGUAAACUGAAUGCUUCAGCUGUACUUUACACAAGUGUGAAAUCAGCACGAGCAUCUGUUGCAAUGCUGCAUCAAAAGGAAAUUGGAGGAGGAACUGUUUGGGCACGUCAAUUGGGUGGAGAGGGCUCGAAGACUCAAAAAUGGAAGCUCAUUGUAAGAAAUCUUCCAUUCAAGGCCAAGGAAAAUGAAGUAAAAGAACUGUUCUCAUCUGCAGGGUUUGUGUGGGAUGUAUUUAUUCCACGCAAGUCUGAUACAGAACUGUCAAAGGGUUUUGCAUUUGUGAAAUUCACUUGCAAGCAAGAUGCAGAAAAUGCUAUUCAGAAGCUUAAUGGAUCGAAGUUUGGCAAACGGCUCAUAGCUGUUGAUUGGACUGUUCCAAAGAAGAUAUAUAGCAGUGAUACAAAUGCAACACUUGCUUUAGAAAAUGGACAACAUGAGAUGACAGAUGAAGAUGGUAGUAGUUCUGAGGACAAUUCAGAGCAUGAUGUUGAGGAAACAGGCAUAGAGGCCCGUCAAGAUGAUACUGAUCGAGAUGACUCCAGCUCCUCACGGGAACAAGAUGUACCAUCUGAAGUUAACUUUGAUGAGGAAGCAGAGAUUGCAAAAAAGGUUCUUAAGAGCCUAAUCACAUCCUCCACCAAAGGAACAUCUGCAAAUGAUGAUUCUGUUUUGCCCAAGAAAAACAAGGAAUCAAAAUCCAAUAAAAAUGUUAACGAGGCAGAUAAAAAAUCAUCUAAAGAAUUAGAAAAGGUUACAGGUGUUUCCGAGCCUGAAAUCUUGGACAGAAGGAAGAUAUCCAAUUUUAAGCAAACGGAAGAAGAAAAAGAUUUGCAGAGAACUGUUUUCAUAAGCAAUCUUCCCUUUGACUGUGAUAAUGAAGAAGUGAAACAACGAUUCUCUGGAUUUGGGGAAGUGGAAUACUUUGUUCCAGUCCUCCACCAGGUGACCAAACGGCCUAGGGGAACUGGUUUUCUCAAAUUUAAAACUGCAGAUGCAGCUGAUGCUGCGGUUUCAACUGCUAAUGCAGCUUCUGGCUUGGGUGUACUUCUUAAAGGUAGGCCAUUAAAAGUUUUGAGGGCUUUAGAUAAGAAAUCGGCUCAUGACAAGGAACUAAAGAAGGCCAAAAAUGACAAUCAUGACCACCGCAAUCUUUACCUGGCAAAGGAAGGACUCAUUCUUGAAGGAACUCCAGCUGCUGAAGGGGUUUCAGCCAGUGAUAUGUUAAAACGCCAGGAGUUGGAAAGGAAAAAGGCAACAAAGCUACAAUCACCAAAUUUUCAUGUUUCGAGAACUAGACUUGUUAUUUACAACUUACCGAAGUCGAUGACUGAAAAAGAGCUCAAGAAGCUUUGCAUUGAUGCAGUUACCUCUAGGGCCACCAAGCAAAAACCUCAAAUUCGGCAGAUAAAGUUCUUGAAGGAUGUGAAGAAAGGAAAGGUGGUUACAAAAAUUCAUUCACGUGGAGUUGCCUUUGUUGAAUUUUCAGAGCAUCAGCAUGCCCUUGUGGCUCUAAGAGUUCUUAAUAAUAAUCCAGAAACUUUUGGUCCUGAACAUCGGCCAAUUGUGGAGUUUGCUGUUGAUAAUGUUAAAACACUUAAACUUCGGAGAACAAAGAUACUGUCUCAGCAGCAGGCUGCUGCUCAUGGUGACAGCAAUGUCGUGGAAAAUGAAGAACCCCAUGUUCCAGGUUUCCAUACCAAUGGAAAGGGUAGAAAACGAAAAUUACAGGAUCAUGACAGACCAGUGAAGGAUUCAGUGCUCGAUAAAGAAGAUGAAUCAACAAUUAUAUUGCCAAAUCAACAUGCCAUAGGAGCACGCAAUUCCAAAAGGCAGAAAGACAACCGUAAAAGUAAGAAGGCAGAAGGGUCAUCAUCACAGAGAGAAAAUUCAGAAACCUUGUCCACGAAGCCAAAUAAUUACCAAGAUGACCAGAAUCGCGGUGGUAGGAUGUCAAACACUGUUAUUGGCUCCUACAAAACAAGCAAUGGUAAAAAAGUAGAUCAUAGAUUGAAGAAGAGGAAGACGCAGAAUCAAGUAGAAGAUGGGGAAAUGGUACCAAAGAAACGAUCAAAAAAGAAUAAAGAACCUGUAGGGAAAGACGUGGUAGAUAACCUUGACAUGCUCAUACAGCAAUAUAGAUCGAAGUUCUCACAGCAGGGUUCAGGGAAUGAUGGGGAGAAAAAACCUUCCAAACAGCUAAGAAAAUGGUUUGAACCAUAAUUAGUAUUGGCUAGCUAUGGAACACCGGCUUCUGUACCAUGCUAAGAAUUGUCACUGCUAUUUUUUUACUUCCUUUUUAGCAACGUAAUUCUUAGGACGAUUUUUGAUUUAUUAUUUAAAGAAGCCACAGUUUUGGGUGUUGUUUGGCUUCUUCGUGUCUGCUCUUGGACAUCACAAGUAUUUCAUUUGACAGUAUGAAUUGAGGAAGUGAUACAGAACUUUUCAUUCAUGCAGCAAUAAACGAGUUGUGGCAAA